AUGGACCCAUCCGAAGUCACGGUCCUCGUGGUCGAGGACGACGAGUUCACGCGCAUGGCGACCAUUGACAUCCUCAAGUCGUGUCGCUAUACGGUCUUUGCCGUGGAAAACGGGCAGCAAGCACUCGACGUCCUGGUCGCAAACCACGCUAAGUUCGAUUUGGUCCUUUGUGACGUGAUGCUGCCGGUGAUGACCGGCAUCGAGCUAUUGGAUGAAAUCCAAAAGCUUAGUGCAACUUUAGGCCACAUUCCCAUUGUCAUGACGUCCAGUAACGAAGAGAUGGACGUGGUCACGUCGUGUCUCAGCAAAGGCUCGAAAGAUUACCUGAUCAAGCCAAUUCAAGUCAAUACUGCCAAGACACUGGUGCGGCACGUGUGGCUCAGUCGGCGCUUGGAGCGCACGUCCAAUCGGAGCAUGUGGCAGGACAUUGAGAUCCUGCGGACAAUUGGGAAAGGCACGCACGGUACUGUUGUGCUCGCGCGGCGGAAAUUAGAUGGCGCGGUGGUGGCGGUGAAGCGCGUCCGGAUUUCGCAAAUUUCGGAAAAUGGACGAAAACAAGCGGACAAUGAAGUGAUUUUGCUCAAGUCGCUCUACCACGUGAACAUUGUGCGGUUUUACGACCACUUUCUAGCUGACGACGAGCUGAAUAUUGUCAUGGAGUACUCGGACGGUGGGAACUUGCGGCAACUGGUAAAGUUGCGCGCACGAGAGAAAAUGGGACCGUUUCCAGAGCCAGUGAUUAUGAGCUGGUUUGCCCAGUUGGUGCUUGCCGUGGCGUAUAUCCACGGCAAGAACGUACUGCAUCGCGAUUUGAAAGCGCAGAAUGUUUUCCUGACGCAUAAGAACGUGGUGAAAUUGGGUGAUUUUGGCAUUUCAAAAGCCUUGGCUGGAGAUGAUACAGCGAAUACAGCGUGUGGUACACCGGAGAGCAUGUCGCCUGAAAUCUGUCGAGGUGAACCGUACGGCAAGAAGUCGGAUAUUUGGUCACUGGGGUGCAUUUUGUACGAGAUGAUCAUGUUACGACGGCCAUUUGAGGCGUCCACGCUUCCCGAAAUUUUUUCCAAAAUUUGCAAGGGCGAGUUUCCAUCGAUCUUCCCGUCGUUCUCGCGCGAACUACGUCUUCUCGUGCAGCUGAUGCUGCAGCAAGAUGCGUCCAAGCGUCCAUCGAUCGAAGACAUUUGUCGAUUUCCGUUUGUGCAAGCGCCCAUCCAGGCGUUUCUGUCCGAACAUGUGUCGGAAUUCCAGGAAGCGCUGGAGCUCGAGGCUAAACUGCACCAGCCUUCUUUGUACAGCAUGGGUGCAGGCAAUCCACCCGUUUCGCCUGUAUCACCAAGCUUACGUCGCCGCAAUCACAACAGUAGUAGCGAAACGCCAUCGAACGGGUUUGGCGACUCACUUUUAGAGUCGGUUUCUCCUGUUUCGACCCGUAGUGAUGGCUCGAACAAAGCUGGAUUCAACAAUGGAAAUUUGCGCACUUCCGCGAUUGCUUCUGUUGCCAUUGGACUUGCUGCCAAACCGGUCCCUAGUUCUGGCCGUCCGCUGCAAAAUAGUGACUUAGCAAAAAUUUCGGCGGACUCUCCAGGAUACAUAGAGGAUACUUUUGCCGACAAGCUGCGCGCACAGGUAACUAUUGGCGACGUUCGUGUUGGACUUUUCACUACAUACACGGCGUGCGUUUCUGCGAGUGAGCUAGUAAAUGUACUGAAGACAAAUUUCAAGAAGACAAAUGAGGAGGCCGCUUCGAUUUUGUCUGAGUAUUGGAAAAAUCGCGUACUGAAUAUCGUUUUUGCGGAAGAUAUGUCGCAUCCGGACUUAGCUGCUCAGGACACGUACCUGCGUUUUCAAGUCGAUGAGCUGUUCGUCCCGCUCAACAUGAAGUAUGUGUGCAUUGAAGAUGUCCGGCAGAGCGCCAUGGAAGUCUGCCUGCGAGUUCGUGAAGCGAUUGCGGAAUUGCAUGCGCUGAAGUCUUUCCCGCGCGGAAUUGCUACCGGAUUUAGCUUGUCGAAUCAUUUGUUCAUGACGGGAAACCAAGCCACCGUAUACUUCGAUGCCCCGCUGUGUCAAAAGUAUCGUCGCUUCUUGAAGCUCGCGUCGAAGUUGCAAAAGGUGGACGUUGGUGGUCUUCCCAAGCAUGAGCGCCAGCCAUUCUUCAUCAACAUUUACAAUGUCAUGGUGCUUCACGGCCUGAUCGAGUUUGGCGUACCGCAGAAUAUCGGCCAGUACAAGGCUUUCGAGAGAGACGUGGCUUACACGUUUGGCGGUCUGGACUUCACAUUGGGUGACAUUAAGCACGGUAUUUUGCGGUGCAACCGCAAGCCGCCGUCGAACUACUGGGAACGGCAGCUGCAGGCCCAGGACCCAAAAUUGCAGUUUCGACUGCACAUUCGUGAUCCUCGCUCGUUAUUAGUGCUGAUCGACUGUGUAGAACCUCUUCCAAACGCUGAGGAUGUUCCGAUCCUGAAGCCCGGGCGGACGGACACGGACCUGGAGGAACAAGCGGAGAAAUUCUGUAAGCGCUUGGUUGAAAUUGACCAGCGAGCCGGGGAGAUCGUGCUGCCGCGUGUACUUCGUAUCUUCCGUGACGACUUUGGGUCUUCGGAAGCUGAAAUGGUGUCGUGGCUGGAGCAGUACAUGGAUAACGUGCCAGCCAAUCUUGUGAACUAUCGCGUCAGAUAUCGGACUGGCAUCUCGUCGUGA